GUAAGAUACGCUAGAAAGAUAUACGGGGGAUACACCUAGGAGAGAUCGCAUUAAUUCGUCACGUCGAAAUCGAGAAGGAGAAGCAAAGAGAGAGACCUUAGAAACGAUUCGCGGAGUCAUCGCACGACACGAUAGAAGAGAAAGAAGAAGUGGAUAACGAGGAAGACGAGAGGGUGGAGGAAGAGGGAAAGGCAACGGAGAAAGAAAGAAAAAGAAGAAGAAGAAGAAAAAGAAGCAAACGCGUUCGAAAGAAAAAGAAUAUACAGCGGGAAGGGUUCGUAGUUCGCGCUAAAAUGUUCGGCUAACGUUCGAUAGACUUCGGUUAAGUUCGGUGUCGCCGACGAACAUUGAACUCCCCACUCCGACGGCCUAGCGCAGAUCACGAGUAAGAGUGGGGACGUCGGCAUUCGACGUCGGCUCGUUGGCCAAUCGUCGUUUGACCGUCGCGCGAGGUGGUUGUGUGCUACGAAGCUCGCACAGCUGUAAAGCGCGUGCCUCGGCUAAUACGAGUAGAUAUAAUACGGUGUGCUGCGACUACUCGUUCCGUUAUUGCGACCACGUUUUUUUUAUUAUUUUCUCAUUAUAAAUACAAAAGGAGAGUUAUCUCAACGAGGGAAAACGACCCACUUACGUUACUUGGAAAACUUUACAUAAAAACACACAAAAAAAAGACCGAAAAAGAAGAAGAAGAAAAAGUAGUAGCAGCAGCAGCAGCAGCAGGUGGUGAUUUUAACACGGAAGACAACAAAAAAAUAUUGAAAGAAAAUAAGAAAAAGAAAUAAUGCCUCCUCGUACGAGGUCCGAAUUUUUUCGCGACAGUGACGACGUGAUAAUAUCCUUCCGUCGUUCCUCGUUACGACGCUGACACCGCGAAAAAAAAAAUUAAAAAAGAAAGGAAAAAAAAGGCCUUUGUGAGAAAAACCUGGUGUGACAAAGCGCGCGUUCUUUUUUUUUUUGUUUUUCCAACCAAUUCACCCCACCCCCUUUUCCCGACAGCAUCGUCGCUACUGACCCCCUCCCCCACCCGUAUCAACCCCGCCGCGUUGUUUUCUCGUUCGUUUAUAUUUAUCGUUCCUUUUGUGCAACUCGGAUAUUAAUUUCUACUUAAGGUCAAGACGUGUGUGCGCGCGAGCGCGCGCCUACUUGGUUGGUUGGUUGCUUGCUUGCCUAUCUCUAGGACAACGACAACGACAACGAAGACGACGAAGAAGAAGAAGAAGAAGACGAAGAGGACGACGUAGCAACGUACAUACGUACGUACGUAUCACACGAGGAGAAAUUCUUAGGAGUCUCGCGGCGCCAUGACCGCGGACGGCCUGUUCGAACUUACCAGCAUCCCGGGGCACCUCGCUCCCACGCCCGAGAGACUGGAGAGGGUUCUCUCGAAGCAGACCCUCGAGGAACUCUACGAAGUCGAGGAACAGCCUUUCGCACGGGGCAAAUACGCAACGGUGAGAAGAUGCCGAGAGAGAUCGAGUGGUAGGCAAUGGGCCGCAAAGUUUCUAAGGAAAAGACGACGUGCUCAGGAAUUGAGGGCGGAGGCACUUCAUGAGGUCGCGGUGCUGGAUGCCGCUGCUCACUGUUCUCGUCUCGUUUCCCUCCACCAGGUCUUCGAGACCAAUACCGAGAUGGUUCUCGUCUUGGAAUUAGCACCUGGAGGCGAAUUGCAAAUGAUAUUGGAUAGAGAUGAAGUACCAGAAGAACGACAAGUGGCGAGAUUAUUGAAACAGAUUUUAGACGGUAUUGCCUUCUUGCAUUCUCUCAACGUAGCACACUUAGAUAUCAAGCCACAGAAUUUGGUAUUAACCGGCGAUUUUCCCGAUUGCGACGUGAAACUCUGCGAUUUUGGUAUAUCGCGAUACAUCAGCCAUGGUGCAGACAUACGUGAGAUCUUGGGCACGCCCGAUUAUGUUGCCCCAGAAGUCCUGAAUUACGAGCCGAUCAGUCUGGCAACCGACAUGUGGUCGGUCGGAGUUCUACUCUACGUUCUUCUAACGGGAUGCUCCCCUUUUGGCGGUGAUACCAAACAGGAAACCUUUUGUAACAUCAGCAGAUGUCGUUUAGAUUUUCCGGACGAUCUAUUCGAGGACGUAUCAGAAGAGGCGCGAGAUCUCAUGCGCAAACUCAUGGUCAAGGAUCCAAGCGAACGACUGACAGUAACGGAGUGUCUUCAACAUGCAUGGUUCGCCAUGUUCGAUGACCCAGUGCCACCGUUAUCCCCUUCACUUCCACCUACGGAAGACUCCACUUUAAAAUCAAAGACGAUCUCGCAUAAUAAUAAAUCCUCGACGGAAGAAAAUAAAACGACAAUUCCAAGUUCUACGCCAAAAUGUUGCGACAACGAUAACAACGUAAACGUUAGAACGUCGAACAAUCCUAAUCAAAAUGAAAUGAAGACAGUGACUACACGUGCAAUGUCUUCGCAUACUGAAAAUAUUUAUUCGACUUCUAAAUCUAGCCCUAAACCAAUAAGAUUCGGUUUGAGUUCCGAUCGUAAGGAUAUAUUUAAACGUAACAUGGACUCGCUGGCACAAAAAUUUUCCAGCACGGAGAUCGUUAUAAUAGAGUCAUCAUGCGCGAAUAAUAAUAAGAAUACGUCGACAACUACUACAACGAUAACGACUAAUUCGACAAUGAUAUCUGGAAACGUGAGCACGCCUAGAAGAGCAACGGCUACGCACACGAUGCCAGCUGGCGAAGUUUUCAAAUGUACGCCGGUGUUCAUUCUUGGCGAGGAACAACAGUGCAGCGACGGUGGUAGCGAUACGGUAUCGGAAAUUUCGACUGACAGUUCGAGCGAUCGAAGUAGCAUUUAUUCCGACGACUCGUUGGAUUUUAUUCUAUAUGGGAAAACCCAGGGAGGAGGUGGUAAGCCCAGUUUUCCCUUCGCAGUUGUUGCCGAUUCUACGACCGACAGAUGGGAACAAAGGCAUCACCAUCAUCACCACAAUCCACGAGCCUGGCCUAGAGAAUGCAACGGCGUUGUUAGCAAAGCACUCAGUCGUUUCACGUCAGAAACGUCAAGCAGCAAGUCCUCUAAGUUGUCAACGACGGUUCCACCGGUAGUUCGCGGUAAGACUGGCUUGGAAGCUCUCAGAGAGAGGGGKGGCAAUCUGGUUGUCAUAAGGGAACCCGUCAGAGCCGGUAGAUAUACGAGGUACACUGAAGUUCAGUGCGAAUCGGUGCAGGCACGGAUUCGACGUUUCCAAGUACGCGAAGCGUCUUAAAGGAAAAUAAUCUUUCUCAUCCCCCCUCCACCCCUCUACCGUCUUCAAAGAGGACAUUUAGGUGGGACGCCUAACCAACUUUUUACUUGGUACUCGCCGUCGUUAUUUUUCAAACGAUGAUCCGUGAUAGAGACUGAUGCUUUCAUUUUAUUUUUUUUUUUUUUCCUUUUUUUGUACAUAGAAAAGAAUGUUAAUCGUGUACAGUUUAGGGCCAAUCGUGCCUCAUUACGACUAAAUUCUGUAGGUAUGGGAGAGAGUGUUGUUAUGUAAUAGUGAGAGAAAUGUAAUAAGCGCGAAAGAGAGAAGAGAUAGGAUGGAGAAAAAAAAAACGUUUAUUAAUGCGAACAAAUGGCUGUUGUAUAUAUAUAUAAGUGAGAUACAAUUUAUAGGUGCGUGUGAUGACGUGCAUGUCGUUUUGUUCUCUCCCCUUUUUUCUUUUUCUUUUUCUUUUCUUUUCAUUUCAUUUCUUUUCUUUUUUCUUCGAGAAUUAUGACCAGGACGUAAUCCACAAAUUUUCUGUGGUACAUAAUUAAAUAAAUAAAUAAAUAAAUACAUA